AUGCACAAGAACGAUAAGAGUGCAUUGGCUUUCCAGACCUGCACUGUUGCCACUGAGCAACAUUAUGAAUAUGCUGUAUAUCCACCAGGAACGCCAGUAGUUAACGCUAUACCAGCUGUUGAAAGUCUUGCUGCGCGGGAAAAGCCAGAGAAAUGUCGAUUUGCGAAGCUUGAAAACAAGCCUUUGUAUGUUCACGAAGUAGAAUUCUCCUCGGAAAGGAGCGAUCUUGCGGAUGCUAUGGUCAACCAAGCAACUUCAUCUAACAAGAAGCGGAUGUGCGGGAGAAGAAAAGUUAUCCCCAAAGUGCAAGACGCCAUAUCCCCUGGGUUGGAAGGAGGUACAGCUCCUCACGCGGAAAAUGAGAAUAUCCACAACACCUCUACGGCUGGCAUGUUGGAACCGAGACUAUCGGCUAACCAACAACCAUGGUUUGCAAAGCGUGUCUCAAAUGAGAAAAUUGGUUUGGUAACAAGAAAAUUUCCAUGA